AUGAGUGAGGGGGAAAGUGUGAUGGCGAGGGAGUUUGCUGCUGCUUGGAUUCGGUUUGCGAAUGGGGUUGAGCCUUGGAUUGCUCAGGGUGGGCGCAAGUGGAUGAUUUGGGGGCCUCACAGUCGAAUGGGGGUUAAGAGUGAAGUUGAAGAUGAAGAUAUUAGGCAGUACACGAGGAUGGAGAGGGUGCUGCGACUUGGGGAUGGUGAGGUUUGGAUGCAGUGGGUUGCUGCUGUUGAUGCGCUUGUUAAUAGACGGAAGUUCUGA